AUGAGUUUAAGAAGUUCAAACCAUUCAACAGAAUCUAAAGAGUCCACUAUAAGUGAUAAAGCAGAUUCAAUCCCAGCUUUAGAAGAUAGCUUAUCUAUCAAGGAAAACCGAAACUCAAUGUACUCUAGGAAGUGGGGUAGCAAAUCAGGGUCUUCUUCCCCUUCUUCUUCAUCAUCAUCAUCUUCACCAAAAAGCACCCAGUCUAACAAAAAGGGAGACAUUCUUCCAGCAGCUAAUAAAAAGGAGACUCAAGGAAGCUUUAUUAGAGGGCGUCCUUCUGCUUGCGUAUUUGUGGCAAGUUUACGGUCCAAUAUGUUAGAUGAUGAGUUAUGCGUUUCAGUACACAAUCAUUUCAAACAAUGGGGUCAGCUAUCUACCGUUAAAGUGUUGAGAGAUACAAGCAACCGUCCAUACGCAUUUGUUCAAUACUUGGAUGAAAAGGAUUCAAAACUUGCAAUCAAAAAGGGUCACAACUCAAUUUUAGAUGGUCGGGGUAUUAGAUGCGAAGCAGCGAAAGUGAAUAGAACAAUAUUCAUUACAUCGCCACUUAGUUUGUCUGUCGUUGCAGUUGAAAGCAAGUUAUCAAAAUUUGGCGAAAUAGAGGAGUUGACUCCGAGCAACGCCGCAGGGCAAUGCUAUAAAGAUGCUCCAAAUCUUAGAGGCUAUAAGAAUUGGUACUGCAAGUUUGUUUAUCGUGACGACGCAAUCAAGGCAUAUGCUAAUCUCACAGAAGGAGGUUCUUAUGAUGCAGAAUGGGCCCAAAAUGUUGACAAGUCCAAUACUGUUAGUUUUAGAGAAGAUUCUGGUAUUGAACCGAAGGUUAAAAAAUCCAGGUUCGACAAAUUUUCCGUCUUUAUUGGUCAAUUGAGUCCAAAAAUUACCGAGGUUGAGCUUAGGGAAAGAUUUCAACGACACGGGAAAAUAGCCAGUCUUCAUCUUUUGAAAAAAAGGGAUAACACUUUUGCUUUUAUCACCUUCAAGGAUGAGUCUAGUGCUGCAAGCUCGGUAGAGGUGGAGAACCAUGCAAUGCUUUGUGGUAAAACAAUGCAUGUCCAGUAUAGGGAGGUUCAAAACCAGUGGAGAGAUACUCGCAAUGUCCGUGUCCCACUCGCUCCACCACCUAUCCAUGUUGGCAAGAGGGGACCAGAUAAACCUAGAGGAGGUUUUUAUGAGAAGCCUAAAUUUACUGCCCGUGCUUCGAAUAUCUAUAACAAAAGUCAUGCAAGUCCGAAGCUCAUUGCUACUGAAAAAUGGCAGGAUGACGUGAGCAAGCCCGCUGUUGAAACAUCGUUUCAUCCAUGGCAGGCAUCCCAAUUGGAAUUAAAGAGUGAUAUUAAGGCGGCGAAUACUGAACAUGUUAAGUCAUACAUUUCUAGACCAGAGGUGCUCGAAAAGAUUGAGGAAAAGAGGGAUUUGGAAAACUCCAUUCCGGACAAGCUUGUUGAAAAGAGUACUGCUCUUACCAACUAUCCUGCACCUCCAAGUACUGGUUUCCCCUUGUUCUACUAUGUCCCUGCGGAAAAUGUAAACUAUCCCCCCGGAAGCCAGCAAAGUUCUUACUACAAUGUUUAUCCACCCUAUUACCACACAGUCCGCCCUCAUUCUCAAUUCGAAGGAGGAAAUAUUGGCGGAAGCGGUGGUAGCUCGAGUGAAUUUGCUCCUACAAUUCAUCGCUCUCCACCCUAUGGCGUUCCUAAUUUUAUUUAUUACUCAAACGAAGGUGGUUAUAAAGGUAAAAUGGCUUAA